CGGUGGGUGGGGCGCGGCUGGCGCAGGCGAAAGGCGUCUGUGCAUUUUGCUGCGCAGCGAAGGCGGAAGUGCGGAGCCGAGGCUUUUCCAGGUGUUGGGGUUGCGGCGCACCUGCGAGAGCGAGAUGGAGGUGGGCGCGGCGGCAGUAGAUGGCCCGGACGGCCCUCGGGAGCGGCGAGGCUUGUGCGAGACUGGGAGGCAGCUGCAGAACCACGAUGUGCGGCCUCGGUCUGGAGCAAACGGGCUUCCAAGACAUUCCUACUGGCUGGAUGUCUGGCUCUUUAUCCUUUUCGACGUGGUGUUGUUUUUGUUCGUGUAUCUUUUGCCAUGUAAAUGACAACUUUAUCCACCCAGUUACUCCUCCCAGAAACCUGGGACUCUGACUUCGCCCACACAUCCCAAAACACCAACCGAUAAAUCACAAAAUCCUGAAGAUGAAGAGUCCGCUUGCAAAAUCCAUGAUGUCCAUUUUCUUGUCACUCACUCUGAAAAGACGGUUCUGGGAGGGGAUAAAGGAAAGGAGAGGAGGAAGCAGAACAAGAAGAAGGACACAGGACCCAGAUGAUAAUAAGGGACAAGUUCAAGAGAGAAGUAGUGAAAUGAAGGAAGGGGGACUAUGGAAGAAAAGCAUUGCAGCCUGUUUAGAUAUUAAACACCUCUCCUGGACUUUGGAGUUGAUUGUUCACUCAUUACUGGUUUGCUGAUAUCUAAAUUAAGAAGUUGGCUUCUGGAGUGAAUUCUGGAAAUGACUUACAAACUUCUUGAAUAAGGAAGACAGACAGGAUUGUGCAGCUGAAGAACUUCAAACCUCUAAGGGAUCUUCCUUUCAUUUUACACAUUCUGUUACUCACUUGGAGAAUACUAUUAAAUGGGUAGUGAUCUCGCCCAUUCACAGCUAAGUUCUUAAAACUAGACCCUUUGGUUCACGUUUAAAAACUUUUGAAACAUCUAUGGCUUUACAGAGGCUAAAUAUAAAAGUAUUUGUAUCUAAAGAUUUUGUGUAUUCAUUAAGAAAUAUAGCAAUGUCUUUCCUUUAACAUUUUAAGGGUUGAUCAAGAUUUGGUAUGAUGCAAAUAAUAUGGUAAAUAAUGUGAGGUAUUUAUAAAUUCAAAAGUAGAUUACUCAAAAGCAAGGGAAGGAUUUUGAGAGAAGGAACAAAGUGUUCUUAGAUUGCAUCAAUGCUACAAACAAACACAAAAGCUAUACUGAAAAUGUCCUGCAGUGUACUGGCUGUAAAUACCAGUUUAAUUUUUAGAUUAAGUGGGACUCUUAUGAAAAAAUAUGUCAUGCUUGAUAGGUUGAUACAGUCUUACAGAAAGUAGGUAAUAUCCAAUAUUAGAAAGUUAGUAUGCAUGUCGUCUUACCUGGUUGCCUCCCUUUCUUUUAAACUCUUGAGCUCCGUAAAAUAGGAUUUUGUGGUUCAGACCUAUUUUUUAAUCCUGUGGCCAAAACGUAUUUAUUCUUACCAUAUCUGUAACUUACUUAAAUAGUUCAACAAAGUCAGUACUCAUUCAACAGAUAUUUGAGCCCUCACUAUCAGCCAGGUGUGAGUUUAGAUACAGCAUUGUACAAAACACAAAAAUUCUUGCCUUCAUGAAGUUUACUUUCUCAUUUGUUGUUUUUAAAAUCUGAAUAUGUUAUUUAAUAGAAAUUUACAUUCUAGGGGUGAUCAGCUGGCAUCUAAUCAGAAAGGCUCCACUCCCAAAGCAGCUACUAUAUAACCACUUCAGAAGCCAUUCCUUUUAGCCCUAAACACUUUAUGUAAGGGAUUUUAGAAAUCGGAUCUUAUUCUUGAAAUUAGCAACAUAUUCUACAUGAGGGGUCUUCAAAAAGUUCGUGGAACAACUCUAUCUUUUAAUUCUAUUUUUCCAUGAACUUUUUGAAGUACCUCAUAUAUGUGAUCUGUCUAAAGUAUUUUGGAGAUAUUCCACUCCCUUGGAAACUGGGCAUACGAUAUUGUAAAUUCUAUAUACCCUUUGCCUUUCAGCUUUGCUUAGGGUUACAGUCAAGUCUGGAAUUGAUUUUGGAGGAUUUUAAGUGCCUAAUACCAUCUAUGAGUUAACGAUUAUGCUUUCAGGGUAUUGUUGCAUCUGCCUAAAGAGAGCCUUUUACAGAAUGUGGGGUUGAAGCAUAUUAGAGGAAUACAGAACUGGGAUUUCAUUGAAUUUACCAAAUAGAUUGUAUGAACUAUUUUUGUGCUGCUUGCUAAUAAUUUUGUCUAAUAAAGUUUACUUAUAGUUGA